UACACACCUAACACAACUUGUUGCAUAGUUAAAAUCUAUACACUUGUUCUUGUGAGUGGAACCGGGGUGUGGUAAAGUUCGUUGUGAUUCAUCAUGUCUUAAUCAUGUUCUCAAUCGAAUCAAAACGCUUUAAUUAACGAGAAAACGGUGUUUUACGUUUUAAUAAAAACAAUUCUGUACGUUUUAGGUGGUUGUGGUGAAAGUGAGGAGAGAAUAGGGUGACUAAAAAAGAUUGGGCGAUGGCGUCGUCUUGGUUUAAUUUCGUGUUUUGGUCAUUUGUUGUCUCUGUGGGCGUAGUUUUAGCUCAAUACGAUUGGCACGUAAAGGAUGCCUACGAUGAAAUUAAAUAUAAAUACGAUAAAGUUACCAAAGAUAAUUGCGAAAUUGUAAACGAUAGAGAAUUGUUUUUACCCGAAGAUGUGAUCUCGCACAAACCCGAUAUAAAGGAAUACAAUAUUAACCCGGUGUUUCCAAAUCGAACGGCUCUAUUUUAUUUACACAACAUGGCAUUGAGUAGGUCAUUUUUUUGGAGCUAUAUUCUUCAAAGUCGAUUUAUUAGACCCGCAAGAAACGAUACAUAUGAUCCAGGAAUGAUGUAUUAUUUAUUAUCAACCGUCGCAGAUGUUUCAUCAAAUCCUCAUGUUAAUGCCAGUUCCGUUUAUUUCUCCCCAAACAUGUCUUAUUCUCCAUCAUUUUUGGGCUUUUUCAAUAAGACUUUCGCGAGAUUUGCACCUCGAAGUUUCCGUUUGGACGAUUUUAACGACCCUUUACACUUGGAACGUAUUUCGACCCUAAACACCUUCAUCGUACAAGAUUUAGGGGCUGUUAAACCCGAUACCAGCUCUGAUUACGCUUCGAUUUUUUAUCGUUUGAAAAAUUGGUACAAAACUUGGCUGCCGGAUAAAGUUGAUGGUCGCCACGAUACAAAAACUACUUAUCAAGUUAAAAUUCGAUAUGCAAAUAAUACAAAUGAAACUUUUACUUUUCACGGCCCACCUGGAGCUGAUGAAACUCCUGGUCCUAUUAAAUGGACUGAACCUUAUUUUGAUUGUGGGAGAUCUAAUAGAUGGUUAGUUUCUGCUGUUGCGCCUAUUGCUGAUAUUUUUCCAAGACAUACCGGGUUUAGACAUGUGGAGUAUCCAACAUAUACGGCAAUUUCUGUAUUGGAAAUGGAUUUAGAACGAAUAGAUAUAAAUCAAUGUCCUAAAAGUUUGGGAAACGAUGGUCCGAAUAAAUUCGCAAAUACUGCACGUUGUAAAAAGGAAACUACCGAAUGCGAACCUUUGGAUGGAUGGGGAUUUCGUCGGGGAGGAUAUCAGUGUCGAUGCAGACCUGGGCAUAGACUUCCGUAUCAUUCAAGGAGUUAUUUCUUAGGGGAGAUUAUAGAACGAGCAAGUUCAGAGGUUUAUUAUAGCAGUUUUGAUUGCAAACCGAUUGGAUGGCUACAUAAACCUCCCGCGCAAUGGUACCCAGCACCUCCAUUAAUCCGCGAAUACUAUUUAAACAAAUACCAUGAAUAUAAAAACUUUACAACCGGCUUAAACGCAAUGCACAUGAAAAAACUCAAUAUAAACGAGGCUUUAAGAUUUAUAGGAACAAUGAACAAAGAGAACUGUCGAUCGUACAAAAAAGAAGAAUUGAUUUUAAACGGAAAUAUUCAUUACGGAGCGAAACAAUUCUUCCAAAAUGAAGCUAGAAUGGCUGUACGUCUAGCCAAUUUUAUAAGCGCUUUCUUGCAAGUUUCCGAUCCCAAGGAAGUCUUCUCUGAUAAAAGAGUCCCUGAUAAACCGCUAACGGAAGAUCAAAUGAUGGGGGAAACCUUAGCUUUAAUAAUGGGAAAUAGUCGCAUUUGGUCAACAGGGACUUAUUGGGAGCGAAACAAAUUUACGAAUCGCACGUAUUUCGCUCCUUACGCCUACAAAAUGGAAUUGAACACCAGAAAGUAUUACCUUGAAGAUUUAGCCAGAUUGAAUAAAACGGACGAACUGUACACAAACACCGAUUGGUUUAAAUUUUUAAAACAACGAUGGCAAAGCAAUUUCGACGCACUCGAAAAAUACAACAUGAAAAUUAAAUUGAGGUUUAAUGAAACCGGCUUAAAUUAUCGAAAAUUCGAACAUUACCCAAAUUAUUAUCGCGCAGCUAAUUUAGAUCAUGGUUAUUGGUCGUCACCUUAUUACGAUUGUCAUGGGAAAUUACCCAUGUGGAAAAUUAAGUAUGCCUCUCCAUUUUUCGGAUGGGACAGUGCAAAAGCUAAAUUAGAAUUCAAGGGAGCUGUUGCAAUCACCGUAGAUUUACUCAAACUCGAUAUAAAUCAAUGCCCCGAUAUCUACUACGAAGAAAACGCGUUCAAAAACACUGAUAAAUGCGAUAGAAAGAAUUCAUAUUGUGUACCAAUUUUGGGUAGAGGUUUUUCUUCGGGAGGUUACAAAUGCGAAUGCCGCCAAGGUUACGAAUUUCCGUACGAACAAGAUGUAACCUAUUUCGAUGGACAAUUGGUCGAGGGCGAAUUUGAAAAUUUGGUCGCAAAUAAAGACACGCGUUACGAUUUGUUCAAAUGUCGCAUUGCGGGGGCUUCAAUCGUUCAAAUCAAUUACGUUACGAUGUUUGUUACGCUUUUGAUUGUUAUGCUUUUUUAUAGAUUUAGAUAAAAUUAUGUUAAAUGAUGUUCAUCAAAAGCGCACAUCUUUUUGUAAAUAUUUCGCAUAAUCAAAAAUAGAAAUAUUUUCGAAAUCUUGUUGAAUAAGUAGUUAUGAAAUGAUAAUUAUUGAAUGAAUCUCGUUUAUGUACAAUUUUGACGUAGCUUUAGGUUAUAAUUGCUUUUAAUUAUGACGAAUAAAAUUAUAAGACUUUUUUUUAUAACGAUAAGUGUACAUACACAAUCUUAUUAAUCGUACUGGUUAUUUCCGUCCAUUUUUUAACCAAUUUUAUACUUUGUUCAAAAUAAACUAAAUAUUUUUAA